AUGCUAGAUCGGAGAGGAAACGUCGAGUCAUGUCAUCCAAACACCUGCAAAUGGAUUUUGAACCUGGAAAGGUAUCGGUCCUGGACGAGUGAGCCUCGUGGGCUAUUAUGGAUUAAGGGCAAACCGGGCGCUGGCAAGUCGACAUUGAUGGCAUUCUUACACAGUGAACUCUCAAAAAGCCCCAAUCAGGGUAUCCGGCUCGACUUUUUUUUUACUGCCCGGGGCGUAGAGCUACAACGAACACCCGUGGGCAUGCUUCGGUCUUUGCUGAACCAAAUAUUGGGCCUUGACCCGACAGUGGGUCCUCAGAUACGCAAGGCCUACGGGGAACAAUGCAGACGGUCUGGGACUGGGGAAGGCCUGUGGGGAUGGCCGAAAAACAUACUGGAAGACUUGUUUGCAGAUGUAAUCCUAGCAUCCGCCAGUAGACAACAUGUGACGGUCUUUAUUGAUGCCCUUGAUGAAACUGGGGCUGAGUCUGCUCAAAAACUCGUGAAAUAUUUCCAUCGACUUCUUGAACAGGCAGAGAAAGCAAAAACCUCGCUUCGAAUCUGCAUUGCAUGUCGACACUAUCCCAACACAGGGAACUCCGAGAGCGUGGAAAUACAUGUCGAGAAGCACAAUAAUGAAGAUAUCGCUUCAUAUAUCAAGGAAUCGCUCAACGGGACAGAUAUGGAUCCAAGCCCUAGCCAAGACAAGCCACAGCACCAAAUGCUGAUGGAAAGCCUAAUCCAGCAAUUGAAUGGUGUUUUCCAAUGGGCUCACCUCAUGAUUCCUCUCACCCAGCAAAGAAUCUUGGAUGGAGUUUCAUUCGAUGACAUAUGUUGCUGGAUAUCCAAUGUCCCAACUGGCCUGGAAGAUAUGUACCUGUGCAUUUUGAAGAACGUGAUCCAAGUAUGGAACCUGCAGGAGUCGUUCCUGCUAUUUCAGUGGCUGUCUCUAGCUGAGCGGCCACUGACCGUGACGGAGAUGCGGUAUGCCCUGGCAGCUGGGAAUGCACAGAUAACACGUACCCCAAAGGCCAUGGAGGACACCUCUGGGUUCAUUCAAAGUGACACAGUCAUGAAACAAAGAAUUAAAGCUCUCUCUGGUGGUUUGGCCGAAGUGAUAUCAAGCGGGGGCCUGAAGGAAGUCGUUCAGGUGAUUCACCAGUCUGUCAACGAUUUUCUGCGCAAGGAAGGGCUAGCCGUUUUAAGUGAUCUUAUCGGCGCCAGCAGUCCAGGUGCCAAAGCUGAAGAUAUAGUCUUCCAAUCUCAAGCAAGCCUCUACCGAUCUUGUCUUUAUUAUCUGGCCAUACACCACCUUCGAGGCCAGACUUCUAGAAAGUGCCCGGAAUCACAGGACGAUUUGAUCCAGAACCACCCAUUCCUUUUUUAUGCCACAACCAACCUAUUCAUCCAUGCGGGAAAAGCUGCUCAGUUCCGUGCUUUCAAACUACACAACGAGCAAGGUGUCCUCGCGCAAGUUAUAAGCCACUGGACCUGGAUAUACAAGACUCUCCAAGGGUGGAGUGAUCUUUGCCCACGAAUCGGCACUACUGUCCUUCACAUGGCUGCAGCCGCAAACCUGGUUGAUAUAUUAGAGCGUGUGCCCCCCAAAAGAGAGACACUGUCUGUCAAAGACGAAGAUGGGAAUACUGCGCUCCAUUUAGCCGCACGACACGGCCAUAUCACCGGGGUACGCAUUUUACGCGGGAAAGGAGCGGACUGCGAGUCAGGCAAUAUAUUUGAAAAGACGCCAUUGAUUGAAGCGGCUAGCUUUGGAAAUGUGAAAUUCGUCAAAUGGAUCGUGCAUAGUGGGGCUGGCCUUGAAGCGACAACGGAAGAAGGCGAGAGUGCUCUCUAUGCAGCUUCAUUGGAAGGACAUGAGAUGGUUGUUGAUAUUUUGCUCGCACUUGGCGCCAAUGUCAACGCCCGGGGUGGCCUAUACGGCAAUGCCCUACAGGCUGCUGCUCUACGUGGCAAAAAAGAUACUAUCAGGGUACUCCUAGACGCUGGUGCCGAUGUAAACGCUCAGGGUGGUGCAUACGGAAAUGCCCUACAAGCAGCAGCAGUAUUUGGCAGAGACGUUGAUUCCUUACAGGCACUCCUGAACGCUGACGCCGAUGUCAACGCCCAGGGUGGUGUAUACGGAAAUGCCCUACAAGCAGCAGCAGCAUUUGGCAGAGACUUUGAAUCCUUACAGGCACUCCUGAACGCUGGUGCCGAUGUCAAUGCCCAGGGUGGUGUAUACGGAAAUGCCUUACAGGCUUCUGCUGUAGGUCGCGCAGGAGAUGCUACCAGGCUACUCUUACACGCUGGUGCCGAUGCCAACGCCCAGGGUGGUGUAUACGGAAAUGCCCUACAAGCAGCAGCAUCAUUUGGCAUUGACAUUGAUACCUUACAGGCACUCCUGAACGCUGGUGCCGAUGUCAAUGCCCAGGGUGGUCUAUACGGCAAUGCCCUACAAGCAGCAGCAGUAUUUGGCAGAGACGUUGAUUCCUUACAGGCACUCCUGAACGCUGACGCCGAUGUCAACGCCCAGGGUGGUGUAUACGGAAAUGCCCUACAAGCAGCAGCAGCAUUUGGCACAGACGUUGAUAUCUUACAGGUACUCCUGAACGCUGGUGCUAAUGUCAACGCCCAGGGUGGCAAAUACGGCAAUGCCCUACAGGCUGCUGCUUUAUGUGGCAAAGAAGAUACUAUCAGGGUACUCCUAGACGCUGGUGCCGAUGUGAACGCCCAGGGUGGCAAAUACGGCAAUGCCUGGCAGGCUGCCGCUGUGUCGAGGACAGAAUGUGGUGUUUUCGAGCUAAUCCUUGAAACUGGGGGCCAUGUCAAUGCGCGAGGUGGUAAAUAUGGGUCACCUCUCGCAGGGGCGCUUUGUGUUAGUAAAAUUAAGAGAGCUGAGAUUCUUCUCCGCGCCGGCGCAAACACCUUGGUAGCAGAUGAGUUUGAACGAACUCCUCUCCAUUUUGCGGCCUUACACAAUGCCCUCGAUCUUCUCCAUCACUUCCCGAAGCUCCUGUUGUCUGUCAACAAACGUGAUAUGCUUUCCCAAACCCCCUUUCAUCUGGCUAUUUGCCUCGGACACGACGAAUUUGCCACAAUUCUCCUUCAAUCUGGUGCCGAUCCUUCUCUCUCAGACGGGUAUGGCCGAAACUCCCUAGACUGGGCAAUUGAAAAUGAAGUGUUGGCACACCAGAUCCGAAACCAUUGGCCUUCAAUUGUUACAACGCCCCAAAAAAUCCAACAACUUACUGUUCGUCAAUCUAUCAUCCAGAUUUCACAAAGAAUUCUUCAGUUUCAGCUCGAUAUUCCACUGCCACUUGUACGGCAACUGGGUCACUAUCUACUGUUCGUCGGUGACUCGGACAAGGCCCAACGUCUAUUUCAGAUGGACCUCAAUGAAGACCCCGCUCAUUCCAAGACAGUCUGUGAUAUCUGUACCCAGACCAUUGAUCACUGGCUUCCUGUGGAUGAAUCCUGCUCCCAGAAGAGACUAUGCCAGCCCUGCUAUAAAAAAGAUCGUCUUCACUAUGGAUUGCACCCAGAUCAAAGGUACAGAGUCUUCCAGGUGCUACAUGAUUGCGAACGAAACCUUCCCUCUACUACCUCUGAAAUGAAAGAAUUGAGGAAAAUCGUCGGUGGGCUUCUUGCGCAAAAUGUUGAUGGGAGUGGGACGGAGCGAUCCAAUGAUUCCACGCCCUCCCGGCCCUCUCCCGUCAUGCUAUCCAGCUUCCUUGGCGUGAAGAAUCUUUCUCCAGAUUCUGGGUCAGUCUCAAUAAUGUGUUAUCUUUUGGUUGGGUUGGUGGCAGUUUUAUGUGCGUAUUGGUGUGUCUUGCUUUGA